AUGGUUAGAUCAAUGUUAAGUUAUUCCGAUUUUCCUUCUUCCUUUUGGGGAUAUGCUUUAGAAACAGCAAACUACAUUCUAAAUUUGGUUCCUUUAAAGUCAGUACCUUCAACUCCAGUAUUAUUGUGGACUAGGCGCAAGCUAAGUUUAUGGCAUACUCGGGUUUGGGGUUGUCCAGCACAUGUGCUGAAAGUGAAAGCGGAUAAAUUGGAAUCAAGGACAGAAGAAUUAAAUAAUCGAGUAACUAAAGACUCAUCUCUAGAACGUAUCCCGGAAGCCAGUAUUGACAUCCCACUGCAUUAUCGUAGUGGGAGAAAUGUCAAUAGGCAGCAGAUUACACAAGAGAAAUUGCCUGACAUCUCACUACCACAAAGUAGUGGUAGUAAUGUUGAGCAACCUCAGAUUGGUGAGCAACCUCAGAUUGUUGAGCAACCUUAG